GCUAAGAGUAAACUUGACCUUCCUGGUUCCUGUCUGCAUGAUAUCGUUUACUUUCGCGCUCGCUGCCGCGCCCGCGUGCCGCGAGAUCGUAGGUACUCGCACCCGCUCUGUAGCCAGUGUGUAAUGCCGUAGCGGCCGCCGCGGUCGCCAUGUUGUCUUCGUCGCACGACCGUAGCUCGCGCAACCGGUGACCGCUAAUGUGUCACCACCCUUACUUAUACCCGGUUGUUAAAAGGUUAGUGAUGUGUAGAAAAACUACCCGUAAGAUUUGAAUCAAUAAAGAUUUUGGGGAUUCGAACGAGAAUGCGACACCUGUUUUGAGUGACGGGUGGUUGUCAUGGCAUUUUACCGCUGUGGGCCAACCGCACUCGGCAGCCGCACGUCGUGGGGCCCCGUGUCUACGCCGGGGCCGGGGCCCGAGUACGAGCGCCCGCUCAGCGGCAACUACGACCGCAUCUUCAACGCCUUCGAGCGCACCACCGCCUUUGAGUACGUCCGCAACACCUUCCAGGAGAAGGACGACAAGAAAGAGGAGAGACUUAUCGGACACCAGGAUGUCGUUGUCAACAGGAAAAUGAGCAGCAGCUUCGAAAGAGCGGACUGCGCGCUGGCCGCACAGACGCCCUGCGACGAUGACGAGGACUUCUACCGGGAGAAGAUCCUGUACUCCCAGGCCCGCCAGCUGUUCCCGCUGCAGGAGGACCUGGCGGACUGGAUCAACAAGACCAUCGGAAUAUCGUAUCUGACCGGAGAGAACUUCUUGGACGUUUUGGACAACGGUGCAGAGCUGUGUCAGCUGGCGGCUGUGAUACACGACCGCGCGCGCGAAGCCCUCGACCAGGGCCUCAUCGUGGGGCCGGUGCCUCAGAUCAAGGGGCGGUGCUGGCAACGCGCGGCGCGGCGCAGCUUCUUCUCGCGUGACAACGCGGAGAACUUCCUCACCUUCUGCCGAGAGCUGGGCGUGCAUGAGAACCUUCUCUUUGAGAGUGAUGACUUGGUUCUGCACAACCAGCCGCGGCAGGUGAUCCUGUGCCUGCUGGAGGUGGCGCGGCUGGCGAGCCGGUGGGGGCUGGAACCGCCGGGGCUCGUGCAGCUGGAGAAGGAGAUCGCGCUGGAGGAGAGGGACUCCGGCAUCGACACCACCAGCGCCUGGCAAUUCCGGGAAGCUUCGCCGCACAGGGACAAAUCAAAAGAUGUAGUGCCGCCUUCUACUCCAAACCAAGACGAAACACAAUUGUCCGUUCCCGACAACGUGGAUGCAGAGAGCACCAAAUCUGAGGAAACCGUCGCCAGCACCGACUCUGAUGUACCCCUCAAGCCCACCAACGAGCUGGACAAGAGGGUGCAGCUGGUGACGCGGCUGAUGGAGCGCGGCUGCAGCUGCGGCGCCGGAAAGUGCUCCAAGCUGCUCAAGGUCAAGAAGGUGGGGGAAGGACGCUACAAUAUAGCGGGAAGAAAUGUUUUCAUACGGCUGCUGAAGGGUCGGCACAUGAUGGUACGCGUGGGCGGCGGCUGGGACACGCUGGAGCACUUCCUGUCGCGGCACGAGCCCUGCCAGGUGCGCCUCGUCACCCCCGGCCGCCGAGCCACCACCCUCUCCCCUCUACCUACCCUCCCGGCCCCUCGAGACCUCUCCCCCGCCAGCAAAACCUCCCGCGACUCCGGCACCGCCUCCCCCGUCGACAGUAAAGCGUCUUCCAUCAGCGGAAAAUCCUCCCCCAUCGACAAACCCAACUUCCGCCCCGGUGAUGGCAAAGCCUCUUCCUUAAGCGGCAAAUCCUCUCCGAUCGACAAACCAAAUAUUAGACGCACCUCCACCCCCAUCAAACCCACGCGCAGGCUGAAAUCAGCACUCACUCUACCGUUGAAAGUUGAGGAACAGAAACCUGCCCCGCGCACUAGGAAGCAGUCAGCACCGAGCUUGAGCACUCCCGUCACGCCCACGGGCAGGUCCGCCCGCACCCCGCCAGUAGAAUACAAAAAAUCAUUGUCCACCUCGAUCGACGGCCCGGUGAAGUCGCGCAGCAUGAGUCUGGCGAAACCUUUUUGUGGCACGGAGAAAUUGAAUCGCGCGAAAAAGAGCGCCAGUGCUGCUACCACGCCUACUGAGCCCCAAGCUAGGAAAAUUCGCAGCCAGAGCUUAGCUUCUACUCCUGUGAACGAGCCGAAGAAACUGUUCAACGGGUAUUCAAAGAAAACCAGGAGCAUGAGUUUAGCUACGACACCGGAACCGAUAAGGGUGUUAAACAAGAGUGCUUCUUUGGGCGGUGCCGCCCUCACGCAGGCCGCCAUCGAGGAGACCAUCCGCCUGUCUUUAGAAGCCUCCAUCGCCGACGACAGCGCCACCAAGAAACCAUUCCUCCACAUAAAGGCCAAAUACAGGAGUCCCCCGCCGCGCGAGGUGCCGCCCAGAUAACUGCCCCGCCGCUCAUUCCACUAAUCGUAAUCGUUUAAUUUAUUUAAAUAAGUGAAAAUACUACUUUGACUUUAUGCAUCGCUCGCCGGCUCCGGCGUUGAUUCAUGAGCAGCGUGUAGUUAGAUCUCCACUGAGCAAUCUCGGCUUAUCGUUAUAUAGUAGCGCGCACUAAUUUAAUCGUCACUCUCCGAGGGAGCCUAGUCAUAAUGAAUCGUUUUGUAUUGAUAAUUAUUGUAAUGUUAUAAUGAUAAUCGUUUAGUUUUAAUUUAUUAAUGAUCUAUGAUGGCAAUAUUGAAGAUUACUUAUGUUUUACUUAUUCUGCUGUGGGUAUUAUUUUGUAACUCACUUAAUCACCAUUAUUAUUUUUGUUUUCUUAGAUAUUUUAUUUCCACAGUUCCCGAAUAUAAAUACUUUUUAGAUGAUAAACUUAGAAUAAUCAGAUCAUGUUACUAGAUGUUAGCGUUUCCGGUGAAAUAAAUUGUUGAGUAUCAAAUGAAGUGGCCUAUACACCGUAAAUAUAACUGAGGUACAAAUGUCAUUAUAUCCACACAUUUAAUUAUAUUUUUAUAAGACACGUGUAAGCGAAUAUUUUUGCACUGACAGUAGAUAGAAUUUAGAUAGAUGCACUAGACAGUAACUAGUAGUCGACACGACACAGAAACGAACUAUGAACGUGUAUCAUCAAAGUGUGAAAGAAGGCGCUCUUGUAAGCUAGUAAAAGCUGAUGUGAUUGAAUUAAGGGUUUCUUGACACUGUCGUUCCGAAGGAUAACCACAAAUACUACCUAAUUUAUUACUAGACGAACGCCGGGCGAGUUUACAGAACUACUAGAUUUAAAUAUCCCCUUUUUAACUGUAUCAUUUUAAUGUUACAGUGAGAUCUCAAACACCGUCACUAUUCCACUACACUCUAACCUAUUUACAUUCUGAUGAAACAAAACAGAUUGUUGUGUAGGUUGCCUUACUUCCAGCACAGGUUGUAUUAUCUUGAAAUUUCUUUCAAACGAUCUACUUAAUUUAAAUUAUUCUAGCGACUCGAACAAUUCGAAUUAAAUAUAAGAGAUUGAUCAAGAGUCCGAAAUGUCUUAUUUAUUGCAAAACUAAGCUACUUAGAUCUUCCAAUCAUUGUAUUCACUAAGAUUAACAACUCAUUAUAUCUAAUGCUUAAGUAUAACUUAGUAUAACCCAUGGGUACACAUUUUAACGUUGUUCAUUCACUUGUACUGAUCUUAGGUAGAUAAUAUAAAAAUAAACUACCUGAUUAUAAUUAUACGAAUAUUUAGUGAGUAAGAAAGUUGAUAAUACUUAUCUAGAGUUCGGUGUUACUCGUAUGUGCUUAACGUUUCUUCAGCAUUUAAGACCAAAUAUAAGCUAUGAAUUUAUGCUGUUGCUUUCUCGAACAAACAGUAUUUUAAAGAGCGACAAGUAGGUAAAUGCUAAAGGAGCGUGAGCUAAUGAAAAUUAAGUCUUUUUUACCAAACGAAGCCUUACAGUUAGUACGUGUACCGUUCCUAAAUUGAUUCCGUGAUAAUGGCAUGAAAUAAAGCUCGACAAGCUUUUAAAUUGAUGACAAUAGACUAUAUACACACGAAAAAAAAUUAGGUACGGUUAUUAUAAACAGUCCAAAAACUGUAUGUUGAUGUCAUGACAAUGUAUCACGUAGGUAUCAUGGAAUCAAUAACUAUGUCUGGAGCUUAACCGGUAGAUGUAAUUGUCGUCUUCACCAUGUCUGCAAUAUUGUGCCAACCAAGUUUUAAUUAUAUAAAGGAUGAUGAUAAUAAAGUUUUUAAUAUUCGGUA